AUGGUCCGCCCUCACUUGCCGCAUCACUUGUCGCUGAAGCGGGUUAAGAGCACUGGUGACUACCCGACACUGGGCAAGUCUGGCCCUCAGACUCCUCCUGCUUCCACCACUCGCAACCAAAGUCCCACCCGAGGCGCCGGCUUCAACAUGUCCAGCGCCCAAAAGUCACCUGGGGAGCUACGGGGAGAUCACAAAGCCAUGGCCCUAUCCUUAACAGUGCGAGUGCUGAAGGGUCGCAACCUAGCUCCUAAAGACCGAUCCGGCACUUCAGACCCAUUCCUAGUCCUUACACUCGGCGAUGCGAAGGAGGCCACCAGCGUUGUCAGCAAGACCCUCAAUCCGCAAUGGAACCAGACAUUCGAGUUCCCAAUCCUCUCUCCAGACUCCGCGCUCCUCGAAGCAGUAUGUUGGGACAAAGAUCGGUUUAAGAAAGACUACAUGGGAGAGUUCGACGUGGUGCUGGAGGAUGUCUUUGCGAAUGGCAGCACGAACCCCGAACCGAAGUGGUACAAGCUUGAGAGCAGACGCAGUGGCCGUAGGAAGGCGAAGAAGGAUACGAAUAUAUCUGGCGAGGUUCAGCUGUCUUUCACCCUGACCGAUCCUAUCAAUACUGCAGCUCCUCCGGCCCACAUCAUGCAGCGAUUCACUGGAUUGCUCUCAGAACCAGGCGAGGAUGAUGAGGACGAUGAAGACGAGAUCCUAAGGAGAGUCGGUAGCAACGGCCUCGAAGAUCUGGACGAAGAGGACGAUGAUGAGAAGGACCCCUCCGACGAGACAGACGAUGGAACCCGAACACCGACAGGCACACCGGACGAAAAGCAGAAACAUAGGAGACGCCGCAAGCUCAAGCGACUGCGUCGUAAGACGAAGCUGAAGGCAUAUGAGCUUGGCAGCACUUCUGAUGUUGCGGGCGUGCUCUUCUUGGAGAUCAACAGAGUAACAGAUCUACCUCCAGAGAAGAACAUGACGAAGACAUCCUUCGAUAUGGAUCCAUUCGUGGUGACUUCUCUGGGGAGGAAGACAUACCGCACUCGAGUUGUUAACCACAACCUGAACCCAGUGUAUGAUGAGAAGCUCGUGUUCCAGGUUCAGAAGAGUGAGACAAACUACAGCCUGUACUUUGCAGUCGUCGAUCGUGACAAGUUUUCUGGAAACGACUUCGUGGGUACGGCGACAUUAUCACUGGAGAAAAUUGCGGAGCAUGCUCCUGAGGCAGAUCCGGAGACUGGCCUCUACCGUCUUCCUGAUGCCGACGAGCACGACGGACAACCGAUCAAGAAGAAGCGAUUCCGCAAUCCACUGUCCAGAAGUUCCAGUCAACAGAGCCUCGGCAAGAUGAGCAAGAGCAAUUCGGCCACGAACUUGGCGAAGCUCAGCAGAUCCACGAGUAACAACAACCUUCAGACCGUACAACGCCCGGGCCUGACAACUGGGCUAUCCGACCUAUCUAUCUCUGACAAGAGCAGCAGGCCUGCGCCAACAAGUCAGCCGAGCUACGCCAGCUCGAAUGGUCACGACGAAGGCAACGCCCUUGAUCCUGCAGACGAAGCAGGUCUCAAUGCCUUCGAGCUUCCGCUGGAGCUAAAGAAGAAAGAUCGCUGGCAAGAUAAGCAUAACCCGGUGUUGUACCUCAGGGCGAAGUAUCUGCCGUACAAAGCACUUCGCCAGCAGUUUUGGCGAGUGUUGCUUCGGCAAUAUGAUGCAGAUGACAGCGGCAAGAUCGACAAGAUUGAGCUAUCAACAAUGCUAGACACACUGGGCAGUACUUUGCACGAAAGGACCAUUGAUGGUUUCUUCAGACGCUUCCGCGACAUCAACGGCGAGGACAUUCUGACUAUGGACCAAGCGGUGAUAUGUCUGGAAGAACAGUUGCUGAAGACUGGGGAGUACCACAACAGUCACAGAGGUUCGGCAUCGUCAGCUAGUGGCGAUCCCACGACAUCCACUGCCAAUAUUGGGUACAUCGGGAACAGCUCGCCGGACUCGAGUCAGAACGCAACACCCUUCAUGAAGGCAUCACAGACUCCAUCGAACCUCAACCCACAGUCUAUUCCCACACUUGAAGUCAGCGAUCUCGGCGAGGAAGGCAUGUCGGGAGACUUGUUGACUGGCGAUGAGGUAGGACUUGAUGGCGACAUUGAACAGGAGCUGAAUGAGAUAGAGUCCGGUGAAGAGCACGUUGUCGAAAUCCACGAGUGCCCUAUCUGUCACCAGCCGAGACUGGUGAAAGGCAGACGAACUACGGAUGCCGACAUCAUCACGCACAUCGCCACAUGUGCGAGCAGUGACUGGCGAUCAGUCAACAACAUCGUCAUGGCCGGGUUUGUGACAAGCUCGCAAGCCCAGCGCAAGUGGUAUUCCAAGGUCAUCACCAAGGUAUCGUAUGGUGGCUACAAGCUGGGAGCGAAUAGCGCGAACAUUCUCGUGCAAGAUCGCUUGACCGGUAUAAUCAACGAAGAACGCAUGAGCGUCUACGUGAGGCUGGGCAUCCGCUUGCUGUACAAGGGCCUCAAGAGCAGAGAGAUGGAGAAGAAGCGCGCCCGCAAGCUCCUCCGUUCGAUGUCCUUCAAGCAAGGCCGCAAGUUCGACGAUCCUGCUUCGGCUUCACAGAUUCCUGGCUUCAUCAACUUCCAUCAACUGGAUAUGAACGAGGUGCUGCUUCCUACGGACAAGUUCAAGACUUUCAACGAGUUCUUCUACCGCGAAUUGAAGCCAAAUGCGAGACCCUGCUCCGCUCCGAAUGACCCACACGUGAUUGUGAGUCCUGCAGAUUGUCGAUCUGUCGUCUUCAACCGCUUGGACGAGGCGCAACGGAUCUGGGUGAAAGGUCGCGAAUUCAGUGUCGAACGGCUGCUAGGUGACGCAUAUCCACAGGAUGCGAAACGCUACAAGAACGGUGCCCUGGGUAUUUUUCGACUGGCGCCUCAGGACUACCACCGUUUUCACAUACCAGUGGACGGCACCAUGCUGGAGCCGAAAUUGAUCGAUGGCGAGUACUACACGGUCAAUCCUAUGGCCAUCCGUUCACACCUGGACGUUUACGGUGAGAACAUUCGUGUUGUCGUUCCCAUUGACUCUGUCUGCCAUGGCCGGGUCAUGGUGAUAUGUGUGGGCGCCAUGAUGGUCGGCUCAACAGUCAUCACUCGUAAGAAGGGCGAAGAAGUGAAGCGUGCAGAAGAGUUGGGCUACUUCAAGUUUGGUGGCUCAACACUCUUACUGCUGUUCGGAGAAGGCGUCAUGAACUUCGACGAGGACCUCGUAUCGAACAGCAGUGGCGCCUUGGAGACACUGGUUCGUGUCGGCAUGUCUAUCGGACGUACCAAAGGCCAUGCACCGCACACACCCGACAUGAAGAAGGAGAAUCCCUCCGAGCAUGACAAGACCGAGGCGAAGGUGAGUUCAACCACACCCUUUCUGCCCAGACCGGUUUCGAGUGAUCAAGACUUACACACAAUCACAGAGGAAGAUUGA